AUGGGUAUUGAGAAUUGUCUAGCUCCAGUAGCGACGACUAUCACAAAAGAAACAAUAUUGCAAGUGCAGGAAUUGGUGUUGUCGAGAAAGAUCUACAAUGUGAGGUACCAGAUGGAGUAUGCUCGGAUAUUCGACGAGGCGCCAUGCGUGGCAGGCUCAUCCACGCUUAUUAACAACGAGGACGGGGAGUCCACUCUGCAGGCCUCUGUCACAUACACAGAUCAAAAAUCGUACUCUUUUACCCGAAGCUUGUCAUUGAGUGCAGGGAUCAGCAGCACCAUCGAAGCCGGUGUGCCCUUCAUUACAAAGGCUUCAAUUACAGUGGAUUAUCAUAUAAAUGGGGCGUUUGAGUGGGGUGAAACCACAACAACUUCAACGUCGGUUACAGGCACCGCGAUGGUUCCUGUGCCUGCCAAGAGUUCGGUCACGGUUGAUUUUGUGGGAACAAGAGGCACCUGCAAUAUUCCUUAUUCUUACACUCAGGAAGACAAGAGGUCCAGCGAUGGCAAAGUUGUUUAUACUAAUCUUUAUGAUGGUAUUUACACCGGCGUCAGUUAUUACAACUUCAGCUUUACUGUCAGAGAGACUAAGGCACUCUGA